AUAUGUGUCUUGUCCCACGUGACCAGUAUAUAUGUGUCUUGUCCCACGUGACCAGUAUAAAUGUGUCUUGUCCCACAGCCGACUGUGUGUCCCACGUGACCAGUAUAUAGGUGUCUUGUCCCACGUGACCAGAAUAUAUGUGCCUUGUCUCACGUGUCGACUGUAUGCCUCACGUGACCAGUAUACAUGUGUCUUGUCCCACGUGACCAGUAUACAUGUGUCUUGUCCCACGUGACCAAUAUACAUGUGUCUUGUCCCACGUGACCAAUAUAUAUGUGUCUUGUCCCACAGCCGACUGUGUGUCCCAAGGUACGUGUCAGUGUCCGGAAGGGGAACAGGGGGACCCAGAGCUUUUUUGUUACCUGCCAGGCUCCCAGGUGCUGGCGGUGUCCGGGGCAAACAGUCGACUGACCGGCUGGACCAACCAGCGAGAUGCUGACCUAGUUCUGCCCGGCCGCCUCCGACUCACGGGCUUCACGACUCAGCAGCUCAGCUCCGACCACUUGUGUCACUUCCAGAUCUUCGGAGAGACGAGAAUGUACCAGAACCGUCUCCUGCUGGUGGGAAUGGAAGUCAACUUCCGGCGGACAGGCGGUGACCUUGAACAAGACUGGGUGGCCACGCGAGUCAGAUGGGAGAUCAUGGCCGGGGAAAACACGAUCAUUGAGUGGGGCAGAAUUUACUUUUAUGAAACACCAGCGGAUUCGGACGUUCAGGACACAGAGGAGUCCGACUCCGAUCUCUCCGCCGGAAGUGGCAGCGGCGACUCCGACAGCACGUUCACGGACACAGAGACUGAUGACGUGACCCCGGCCUGGGGACCCCCCGUACAGCUGGACCUGGGCGGCGGGCAGACGGCGGCCUGGGUCCUGGACACCGACAACUUCGCGCGGCUCAGCCUGGCCGACUGCUCCACUGACGUCAUCUUCCGGUCCCCGCUCGUGGCCGACUUCCAGCUGACCAGAGAGGCCGGCAUGGGGGUCGUGUUGUCGCCACAGGCAG